AUGGCGGAUCCCCAACUUCUUCACUCCCACCAUCUUCUUUCACUCUAUCUUCUCCUCUCUUCUCUCCUCGUCACCACCUCACCGGUACAAGGUAACUGGCCGAACCAUGGCGGAGAUUUGCAAAACAGGAGAUACGCCAACAGGGAGACCAAAAUCAGCCCGGCGACGGUUUCCGAUCUCCGAUUGGAGUGGGAAUUUUACGCCGGUGGCGACAUAUGUGUAACUCCGGCGAUCUCCAACGGCGCAGUCUAUUUUCCGAGCUGGAAUGGAUUCCUCUACGCCGUCGGAGCCGCCAAUGGAACUCUUCUAUGGAAGAAGAAUUUGCAGAAACUCACGGGUUUCAGCAAUACCGGUUUCAUCCUGAAUGUUAACUCGACGGUGUCGAGAUCGACUCCCACGGUGGCCGGAGAGCUGCUCCUCGUCGGAAUCUAUGGACCCGCCGCCGUUGUCGCCGUUAAAAGAUCGACGGGGAAUCUGGUUUGGUCGACGAGGCUGGAUUAUAAUAAUAGAAGCUUCAUCAGCAUGUCCGGCACAUACUACAAAGGGAGUUUCUACGUUGGAACAUCCUCACUUGAAGAAGGGCUUCCCCUUGAGCAAUGCUGCACAUUCCGGGGCAGCUUUGCCAAACUUGACGUUAGAACUGGUGUCAUCCAAUGGCAAACCUUCAUUGAAAACCACGGCGCCACCGGAGAAUAUGCCGGAGCCGCCAUUUGGGGUAACAGCCCUGCCAUCGACCCCGUCAGGAACCUCGUCGACAUUGCCACUGGCAACCUCUACUCGGCGCCACUCCGCUCUGACGCUGAUUUCGGGGAGGCACCAAUGAUUUUGAGCGUGUUUGUGCGUAGAAUGAAGCGUGCUUUUCAGAAAAGUGGAUUCGCGUGGGCUCUCGAUCGUAACAAUGGCAGUCUUGUUUGGUUUAAGGAAAGUUUUGCUGGACCGGGAGGGCUCGGCGGGGGCAGGAUGUGGGGCGCCGCCACGGACGAGAAGAGGGUCUACACGAACAUAGCCAACAGCCAACACAAGAACUUCACACUCAGACCAUCAAACACAAGUACUACAAUUGCAGGAGGGUGGGUAGCAAUAGAAGCUAAAAGCGGAAACAUCCUCUGGUCGACCACCAACCUUAACGAUGCCACCGCCCCGGGACCGGUUAUGAUGGCCAACGGGGUCGUGUUUGCCGGAUCUACUUAUUGGCAAGGACCGAUAUAUGCGAUGGACGUAAAGCCAGGGAAAAUUCUUUGGUCACAUGACACUGCAGCUACUGUUUAUGGAGGCAUAUCAGUGAGCAAUGGGUGCAUUUAUGUUGGAAAUGGUUACAAAGAACAUAUUGGAUUUGUUAACAAGAAUUACACAGCUGGUAACUCCCUCUAUGCCUUCUGUGUCUAA